AUGGGGCUCUGGCCCGAGCCCGACGCGCGCCGCGGCAGCGACGCCUCUCCCGGCCGGCCCCGCCGCUGUCCGCGCUCCGUCUUCAGCAACAUUAAGGUGUUCGUGCUCUGCCAUGGCCUCCUGCAGCUGUGCCAGCUCCUGUACAGCGCCUACUUCAAGAGCAGCCUCACCACCAUCGAGAAGCGCUUUGGCCUCUCCAGUUCCUCCUCAGGUCUCAUCUCCAGCUUGAAUGAGAUCAGCAAUGCCAUCCUCAUCAUCUUUGUCAGCUACUUUGGCAGCCGGGUGCACCGUCCACGGCUGAUUGGCAUUGGGGGUCUCCUCCUAGCUUCGGGUGCCUUCAUCCUCACCCUCCCACACUUCCUGUCAGAGCCCUACCAGUACACCUUGGCCAGCGUUGGGAACAGCAGCCACUUCCAAGCUGAGCUCUGUCAGAAGCACUGGCAGGACCUUCCCCCCAGUAAGUGCCAUAGCACCACCCAGGACUCCCGGAAGGAGACCAGCAGCAUGUGGGGUCUCAUGGUGGUCGCCCAGCUGCUGGCAGGCGUCGGGACGGUGCCCAUUCAGCCAUUCGGAAUCUCCUACGUGGAUGACUUCUCUGAGCCCAACAACUCACCCCUGUACAUCUCCAUCUUAUUUGCCAUCUCUGUGUUUGGACCGGCCUUCGGAUACCUGCUGGGCUCCGUCAUGCUGCAGAUCUUUGUGGACUAUGGCCGAGUGGACACAGCUGCGGUUAACCUGAGCCCUGGAGAUCCCCGGUGGAUUGGAGCAUGGUGGCUGGGCCUGCUCAUCUCCUCAGCCUCCUUGGUUCUUACCUCUUUCCCCUUUUUCUUCUUUCCUCGAGCAAUGCUCAGGGAAGCAGAGAGGUCUCCUGCCAUAGUGGAUGAAGCAAGGAAGAUGGAUGAGGCCAAGCCAAGAAGCUCCCUGGUGGAUUUCAUUAAACGGUUUCCUCGCAUCUUCCUGAAGCUGCUGAUGAACCCACUCUUCAUGCUGGUGGUCCUGGCCCAGUGCACCUUCUCCUCGGUCAUUGCUGGCCUCUCCACAUUCCUCAACAAGUUUUUGGAGAAGCAGUAUGGUGCCUCCGCAGCCUAUGCCAACUUCCUCAUCGGUGCCGUGAACCUCCCAGCUGCAGCACUAGGAAUGCUGUUCGGAGGAAUCCUCAUGAAGCGUUUUGUUUUCUCUCUGCAAACCAUUCCCCGCGUGGCUGCCACCAUCAUCACCAUCUCCAUGAUUCUCUGCGCCCCUCUCUUCUUCAUGGGAUGCUCCACCCCCACGGUAGCGGAGGUCUAUCCCCCCAGGACAUCAAGUCCUAUACAUCCGCAGCCUCCUGCCUGCCGCAGGCACUGCUCGUGCCCAGACUCCAUCUUCCACCCAGUGUGUGGAGACAACGGAGUAGAAUACCUCUCGCCGUGCCACGCAGGCUGCAGCGAAAUCAACGUCACCUCCAUAGCCUCCAAGCAGCUGACGUAUCUGAACUGCAGCUGUGUGACCGGGGCAUCUGCUUCAGCCAAGACGGGAUCGUGCCCCAUCCCCUGUGCCCACUUCCUGCUCCCAGCCAUCUUCCUCAUCUCCUUCGUGGCCCUCAUAGCCUGCAUCUCACACAACCCACUCUACAUGAUGGUUCUGCGUGUGGUGAACCAGGAAGAAAAGUCAUUUGCCAUUGGGGUACAGUUCUUGCUGAUGCGCCUGCUGGCCUGGCUGCCGUCUCCAGCCCUCUACGGCCUCACCAUCGACUACUCCUGCAUCAAGUGGAACUUUCAGUGCUCAGGGAGGCGCGGGGCCUGUGCCUACUAUGACAAUGAUGCUCUCCGAGACAGGUACCUGGGCCUGCAGGUGGGCUACAAGGCGCUGGGUGCGCUGCUGCUCCUAUUCAUCAGCUGGCGGGUGAAGAAGAGCAAGGAGUACAAUGUGCAGGAGAAGGCCGCAGGCCUCAUCUGA